AUGUGUAUUCCAUAUACUGUAUAUAUUCUGCUGGGCCGCAGUGACGGUGACGGCGCCUGGUGCCCGGCGGGGCCGGUGUUCCCGCGGGAGGGGGAGUACCUGGAGGUGUCUCUGUCGCGGCUGCACCUGGUGACCCUGGUGGCCACCCAGGGCCGGCACGCGGGGGGCAGGGGCCGCGAGUUCACCGCAUCCUACCGCCUGCGGUACAGCCGCGACCGGCACCGCUGGAGGAGGUGGAGGGAUCGAUGGGGCAGGGAGGUGAUUGGGGGCAAUGAGGACCCCGAGGGGGUGGUGCUCAAGGACCUGGCCCCCCCCCCGGUGGCCCGAGCCCUCCGCAUCUACCCCCGUGCCCCACGGGCCAUGAGCGUCUGCCUGCGACUGGAGCUCUAUGGGUGCCCAUGGGAGGGAGGGCUCCUGUCCUACACUGCUCCCCAUGGCCAAGUGAUGGUCCUGGACCCGGCGCCCGUUGUCCUCAAUGAUUCCACCUAUGAUGGGUACAGCCUUGGCCCGCUGCAGUUUGGGGGCCUGGGCCAGUUGUCCGAUGGGAUCCUGGGUCUGGAUGACUUCACCCGGAGCCGGGAACGUCGCCUGUGGCCGGGAUAUGACUAUGUUGGAUGGCGCCGACCCCCAGGGCCUCAGGCCCAUGUGGAGCUGGAGUUCGAGUUCGAGGCGCUCCGGAGCUUCCGAGCCAUGCAGGUCCACUGCAACAACAUGCACACCCAUGGGGUGAGCAUCUUCAAGGAGGUGGAGUGUCUCUUUAAGAAGACCUUGGCCACAGCUUGGGAGCCCACCCCAGCCACCCAUAGUGUGGUUGGGACCAUGAUGGACCCCAGGGCCCGCUCCAUCAUGGUGCCACUUGGGGGGCGCCAGGCCCGGUUCAUCCGGUGCCACUUCUUCUUCAGUGGGGAGUGGAUGCUCUUCAGUGAGGUCACCUUCUUCUCAGACGUGGUGGAGGAGGUUGUGGGGUCCAGUGGGUGGCCUCCAGCCACCCCCCCUGACCCCUCGGUGGGGGUCAUGGCCAUCUAUGAGGACCAAUGGCAUGGCGACAUGGCCACCAACGUCACAACACCAGCCCCAAUGGACCCCAAUCGAGGCCACCCAAUGGCCAAAGCUGACCAGAGCCACACGUCCAUCCUGAUUGGCUGCUUGGUGGCCAUCAUCCUGCUCCUAUUGGGUGUCAUCUUCCUCAUCCUCUGGCGCCAGUACUGGAAGAAGAUCCUGGGCAAGGCCCGUCCAUCGGAGGACGAGCUCCGGGUGCAGCUCUCGGUGCCUGGUGACACCAUCGUCAUCAACAACGUGACCGCGGCUCGAGGACCCCCCCGGUACGAGAGGAUCCCACCCGGAAAUGGGGAAUACCAGGAGCCAACCAGGGUGAUGGGGACACCGGUACCAGCGGGACGUGCUCCUCUCACCAAUCCCGGCUACCGCCUCCUCCUGUCCACCUACGCCCAGCCAAUGGGAGGCCUCGCUCGUACCCCCCCCGACGGGUCCAAGCCAAUCAACACCGACGCCCCGGAGGGCGGGGCCGAGGCCUAUGCGGAAGCUGACGUCAUCGGAGGCUCCGCCCACCCCUCGUCUGGCCCCGCCCCCUGCCCCGCCCUCCCUUCCUUCCCGCGCCAGCGCCUGCGCUUCCGGCAGAAGCUGGGGGAGGGGCAGUUUGGAGAGGUCCUCCUAUGCGAGGUGGAGGACCCCCAGGCGCUGCCGCCGGGGUCACGACCCCCGGAGCUGGCGCUUGGGCGACCCCUGCUGGUGGCGGUCAAGGUGCUGCGGCCGGACGCGACCAAGAACGCAAGGCGGGACUUCCUGCAGGAGGCCCGCACCAUGGGGCGCCUGCGGGACCCCAACAUCGUGCGGCUGUUGGGGGUGUGUGGGGGUCCCGGCCCCCUCUGCAUCAUCACUGAGUACAUGGAGCAUGGGGACCUGCACCAGUUCCUGGGGGGGCCGGCAGGGAGCGCCCUCAGCCUGCCCACCCUGCUCCAUGUGGGAGCUCAGAUCGCCUCCGGGAUGCGCUUCCUGUCCCGGCUCAACGUUGUCCAUCGGGAUCUGGCCACCCGGAACUGUCUGGUGGGCGCCGGAGUCACCGUCAAGGUGUCCGACUUCGGCAUGAGCCGGCCCCUGUACAGCCAACAGUACUACCGGGUGCGCGGCAGGGUCCUGAUGCCCAUCCGCUGGAUGGCCUGGGAGUGCAUCCUGAUGGGCACCUUCACCCCCGCCAGUGAUGCCUGGGCCUUUGGGGUGACGCUGUGGGAGGUGCUGACGCGGUGCCGGGAGCAGCCCUAUGGGGCCCUGAGCGACGAGCAGGUCAUUGCCAAUGCAGGGCACCACUUCCGGGCCCAGGGCAGGCAGGAGUACCUGCCGUGCCCCCCGGGCUGCCCCCCCGCGCUCCAUGGGGUGAUGCUGAGGUGCUGGGCUCGGGAUGCUGCUGACCGGCCGAGCUUCGGGCUCCUGCACCGGCUGCUGCGGGAGCAGGCAGGGAUGGCCUGAGCAUCAUCAUCAUCUUCAUCA